GCGGGGCGGGGCGGGGCGGGGCCGAGCGGGCGGGGGGAACCGGAGGAGUCCUUGCCUUUGCCGCCGCUGCCGCCGCCGCCAGUGGAAUUAUUUGAAACCCUCUGGGUUCUUCUGUUGCCAUGGAGACCUCCUGAGAUGCUACGUUUGCCACUGGCUUCCCACAUCCCACACCCUAUGGACCCACAGGCUGGUUUUUCUGGUUUGCUCCCCCACAGGGCAAUUUGCAUAUUUCUCCAAGAACCUUCAGGAAGCUGAGCAGCCUGUUUCCAGACUUGGAGAGAGGAGAGGCCAGGGGAAGCCAGCAACUGUUUUCUGAAAUCUGGGGCUGGAAAUGGCCACGUGCAACAGUUCAAGUGAGGGGCUGCCUCCGGUGGCCGAGCCAGCCGUGGAGGGGGAGCCUCAUCUGCCCGUGGGCCGGGAGCUGGCUGAGGCCAACCGCUUUGCCUAUGCCGCCCUCUGUGGCAUCUCCCUGUCCCAGCUAUUUCCAGAACCUGAGCAAAGCUCCUUCUGCACGGAGUUUGUGGCGGGCCUGGUGAAGUGGCUGGAGUUGCCUGGAGCCGUCUUGCCAACCAUGACCGCUUUUGCCAACGGCCUGGGAGGCGAAGGAGCAGACGUGUUUGCUGCCAUUUUAUUGAAGGACCCCAUCUUGAAGGACGACCCAUUGGUGAUCAUUCAGGACCUUCUGAGCUUCUCCCUCCAGGAUGGGUGUUAUGAUGCACGGGCCCGAGUCCUCAUUUGCCGCAUGACCUCCCUCUUCCAAGUGCCCGUGGGGGAGCUGGAUCUCCUUGAAGAGACGUUCCUUGAGAGCCUGAAGGAAACCAAAGAGGAGGAAUCUGAAACGGCUGAGGCAUCCCGGAAGAAGAAGGAAAACCGGAGGAAAUGGAAACGCUAUCUCCUGAUAGGCCUGGCAACUGUCGGAGGCGGGACGGUGAUCGGCGUCACCGGGGGUCUGGCUGCCCCUCUUGUUGCCGCCGGCGCUGCGACUAUCAUCGGCAGUGCCGGGGCAGCGGCUCUGGGCUCAGUGGCCGGCAUCGCUGUCCUGACCUCGCUGUUUGGUGCGGCUGGAGCCGGCCUGACAGGAUACAAGAUGAAGAAGCGUGUCGGGGCCAUUGAAGAGUUCACAUUUCUGCCUCUGACAGAAGGCAGGCAGCUGCAUAUCACCAUCGCCAUCACAGGGUGGCUGGCGUCUGGCAAAUACCGUACCUUCAGCGCCCCGUGGGCGGCCUUGGCCCGCAGCCGCGAGCAGUACUGCCUGGCUUGGGAGGCCAAGUACCUGAUGGAGCUCGGCAAUGCCCUGGAGACCAUCCUCAGUGGUCUCGCCAACAUGGUAGCCCAGGAGGCCCUGAAGUACACAGUGUUGUCUGGCAUCGUGGCUGCCCUGACCUGGCCAGCCUCACUCCUCACUGUCGCCAACGUCAUCGACAACCCCUGGGGCGUGUGUCUCCAUCGAUCCGCAGAGGUUGGCAAGCACCUGGCCCACAUCCUGCUCUCCCGGCAGCAGGGCCGGCGACCUGUCACCUUGAUUGGCUUCAGCCUGGGAGCCAGAGUCAUCUACUUCUGUCUGCAAGAGAUGGCUCAGGAGAAAGACUGCCAAGGGAUCAUUGAGGACGUCGUCCUGCUGGGUGCGCCCGUGGAAGGAGAAGCCAAGCACUGGGAGCCUUUCCGGAAGGUGGUGUCUGGGAGGAUCAUCAACGGCUACUGCAGGGGGGACUGGCUGCUGAGCUUCGUGUACCGCACGUCCUCGGUGCAGCUCCGCGUCGCCGGCCUACAGCCCGUGCUGCUGCAGGACAGGAGGGUGGAGAAUGUGGACCUGUCCUCUGUCGUGGAGAAGCUGGAGGUCGGGACAUCGUUGAGACUCACCCCAGUUCCUCGUAAAAGAAGAAGCUGGAACCCCCGCUUCUCUGAGCCCGAAGUUAGGUCCUCUCUAGUGCUUUGCAGCCACUAAGGUCCACCCUCUGUGGAAAGACGCUGCCCCACCCUGCCCUCCGCCCAGAACGCAGGGAUCCGAAAAGCCCCCCAUCUGGGUGUGCGUGCGUGUGUGUUCGCUGAACACUGUUAAAAAGUGUUUGUAGAGAAAGGUUCUGGUCAUGAGCAAACCACCAGGCUGUACAGGAAAUUGUGUCUUCGUGUUCUUGAGAAAUCAUUUGAAUAGCGUGUGAUGUGUGGUUCCGGUGAAUGUUAUCAGCAGAGCCUUCGUGCGGUUUCCUAAGCGUCCCUGGCGUUUUUCCUGUCUUCUUUCUAAACAACAAGGAAUGUUCUGGGUUGCACUCACCUUGGGCACUAAGCAGACCCCCCCCCCCAGAACUGGCGGGGAGAGCGGGAGGCUGCAUUUCAGGGAGCAGAUCCGAGCUGAACAGCCCCCACUGCAGCAUCUCAAAAACAGCACCACACGGCUUGGCCUUCAAACGUGCUGUGUGUCGUGAAGCAAACCACCACCCCUCUCUGGACUUUGCUUUCCUCUUCAGUAAAAUGACCAAUGAUUUUCAGCGUUCCCCACCGCAGCCGGUUCUCUACGAAGAGACCAGGCCCCAGAUGCCAAUCCCGACUCGGACACUUCCUAGCUAGAUGACCCUGGGCAACUCACCUUACCUCUGCAGGGCUCAAUUUCUUCAUCUACAGUUAGCAGCCGACACCUGUCACAGGACGGUAUCCAUUAACUUCGUCUCCUGCGGUGUACUAUGGACCUACUCCGUACGGGGCAUUGUCCGUUAUCACGGUGAGGCAUCGGGCAUUCUCAGCCACCCCUGAAGCCAACACAAAAGUGGGGGUGUCCCUAUUCUCCGAGGAAGAAGGUGGGCACUUCUGAGUCCUCAACCUUUGUCAUAGUAAAGAUUCAGGUCCAAGGAACAGAGGCCCUUGAACACACAAGAGUUGCUGCUGUCAGGGAAGGAAAGGCCACAAUAGGCAGUUCAGGGCUGGUAUGGUAGCUGUGCAGGCUUCAGGGGUCAAAAUUCCCUCUUGCUUGUAGAGGCCCAACUCUGGCCCCAGAUUGCUGCUCAGGCUCUGGCCAUCGCGUCUGAAUUCCAGCAAGCAGGAAAGAGGACGUGGAGGAGAGAAGGGCACUCCCUUUGCCUUUAAAAAAAAAAUAAGCUCGGGGCGCCUGGGUGGCUUGGUCGGUUAAGCGUCCGACUUCGGCUCAGGUCAUGAUCUCAUGGUCCGUGGGUUCGAGCCCCGUGUCGGGCUCUGUGCCGACAGCUCAGAGCCUGGAGCCUGUUUCAGAUUCUGUGUCUCCCUCUCUCUGUGACCCUCCCCCGUUCAUGCUCUGUCUCCCUCUGUCUCCCUCUGUCUCAAAAAUAAAUAAAAAAUAAAUAAAUAAAUAAAUAAAUAAAAUAAAUAAGCUCUAUUCCCAGUACGGGACUUGAACUCACGACCCUGAGAUCAAGAGUCGCAUUCUCCACUAAGCCAAGCAGACCCCCCAAAAAAUAAAAAUAAAAAAGAGGCACCCAAAGGGUGCCACGUAACACUACUGCUGCUUCCCGUGGCCAACCCUUGUCACAACAGUACACUCAGCUACAAGGGACGGGGGAGAAUGUACUCAGCUAUGAGUUCUCAUGACAGAGAAACGGGGAGCGAGAAUUGCAGGACGUACCUAGCAGUCUGCGCCGCAGCUGUUUUCAGUUUGGGGGCUUUUCCCGAAGGAAUCCUCCCAGCCACGCUCUGAUGUAGCUACUCUUACUGUUCCCGUUUUACAGCUGAGGCAAGUGGAGGUCCGAGGUCUAGAGAGGCUCGCUCGCGGUCCCACAGCUGUGAGCAGCAGAGAGCUUCUGCCGUACCUGAAAGCUGCUGGCAGAGAAUGAGAGCUUCCACCCCAACUUUCUAUCAGGAGAUUCCUUCCUGCCCCCAACGGACCCAGACUAUGUAGAGAAACAUCCUUCAUCUUUAUUUAAUAAACUCUAGGGGCGCCUGGGGUGGCUCAGUCGGUUGAGUGUCCGACUUCGGCUCAGGUCAUGAUCUCAUGGGUUCGUGAGUUCAAGCCCCGUGUCGGGCUCUGUGCUGACAGCUCGGAGCCUGCUUCCAGAUUCUCUGCCUCUCUCUCUCUCUCUGCCCCUAUCCAACCCCACUCCCUCCCUCUAUCUCUCUCUCAAAAAAAAAAAAAAAAAACUUAAAAAAAUAUUUAAUGAAUUCCGGAGUGGCCUUGAACCCAGAGGCUUCCCAACCCACUCUGGAUUUGAGAGUCCUUGAGAGCUAGACUCCUGGUGUCAGGGAUCAGCUUGCUGAGGCUGCUGAGGGAGGAGAGGGUGAGGCCCAGGAGUGUAGCUUGGGGCCCUGGGGAGGGCAGGGCUCUGACCACCCACCACGGGUCACUCACUGCUCCACCU